AUGACUGGACAAUCUACAAGACGAUGGCUCCAGCUGUCUUUCCUUCUCAUGGCUGGUUCCGCCUCAGCAGGAUCCCUCAAACUGUCAGACUUUGAGUCUAUCAGUGACAAGUCAUUCCCAGAGACCUGUGUUCAAGCCUACGAUACACCACUCUCCCAAUGCACCCCCAAAGACUUCACCGACGGCAAGGCAUGCAGUGCUGCUUGCAAGUACUCAGUUCAACAAGCCCAGGGCUUCAUCCAAGCAUCAUGUGGUGACGUCUCAGCCAGUUCAGAAUCACUUCUAAGCCGCGGUCAAAAGGGCAAUCUUGUUGCUGUUCUCUGUCGAGAUGUUGAUGAGCCUCAAUCGGAACCCGAGUCUGCACCUCAGACUCAACCCAAACAGGAGCCCGAGCCUGAGAAGACUCAGCCCCCAGCCACAACAACGACCUCUGCUUCUUCUACCAAGGUUUUGAAGAAUGUCUUAAUUGAGACUGGCCACAGUUCUUUAGACGACAAGUCAAACGGUAGUCUAGAUGGACCACCCCUGUCGUCAGUGGACGAGGACCUUGCCACCAAGAGCACUGUUCUUGCAAUUGACACAGACCAGCCAACUGGCUCUCUUCCCAUGCCUGCUCCUCCUAGCAUGAUGACCUCUGUGACAAAGCCGAGUGCUGCUAGCCACACAGCGGCGUCAGCUAGCAAGGAGCCAACUCCUACGCCCACAACGGCUGGUGGUUCUGUUCAUGGCCCCAGCUUUGGGUUCAUGUGUGCUUCUUUGGCCAUGUCUGCUAUCAUGUACAUGGUUGUCAACUAG